UGUCAUUUGUGAAUUGUGGGAAUCACAGACCACAAAGUGGGAAUAGGCGAUGUGAUUAGAAUUUAGAGGUUAUAAUUUUAUGUUUACAUAAAGCUUAGCAUAAAAUUUUAGUUUUAAUUAUUUAAUAAAACAAAAUGUCGAAAAAGAUAAAAACUAUGAAAUGGGAUUCAGUGCCAUUAGAAGGAUUUCCUGCAUCAUUAAUGGACAAAUUCCAGGGGUUCGUUGGACUGGAGGAGUGCACCGACUAUGGUUUAGAUAAAAACGUAAAACGAUCAAAAAAGAAAAAGCAAGUUAAUUUACAAGCAAGCACUGUACAAAAUGAAUCGAAAUCAAAAGUUGCAAAGAAGCGUAAAAACAAGGAUAAUAAAAACAAACCGGAAACAGUUGUAGUUCCAAGUAAAAAGAUCAAGCUAAGUAAUGGAUUUUUUGUAGAAUCUUGUGAUAAAGUGACACCAUCUUCUACAAACAUUACAGAUAAAGAUGGAAAAGUAAAACAGAAAAAAGAAUCUGUUAAAGGUAAUCAAACAAAUGAUAAUAUUAGAAAGAAAGUGGAGGACAAAAGUGAUAAAGUAUUAACAUCAACUGCUGACAAAAAGCAAAGAAUAGGUAACAAGGCAAAAAAGAGAAAACUCGGUGAAGAUAUCACAGAGGUGUCAAGUUUAACACCAGAAGACAUGCUUUCGUGGGCUGAAUUUAAAUUACCACAGGAAAUUAUCAAGGCGUUGAUGGAGUUAGGGUUUAAGAAUCCAACUAAAAUACAGCAGUUGAGUUUACCUGCUGCUGUGCAUGGUAGGAGAGAUAUUUUAGGAGCUGCUGAAACUGGAAGUGGUAAGACACUAGCUUUUGGCCUUCCUAUUUUGACUGGUAUAAUGAAAUUAAAAGAGAAAGCGGCUCUUAAAGGCUUAGAUGUUUACGAUAUACCAUAUAAGAAGUCUUCAGUUAAGAAAAAAAGCAAAAUUGAAGAUCAAAAAAGCAAAAAAAUCAAAAGAAAAGGCAAAGGUAGAGGUAAUAAAGAAAAAGAUGUAAAAGAAUCAUCUGAAGAUGGUUACAGUUCUGGAGAUGAUGAUGUAAAAGAUGAACCAGCUAAAGUUCGCAAUGAAAGUGAGGAAAUAAAUAAUGAAGACUUUAUAGAAGAAUUUGAAGUGCCCGUCAGAAAACGGGAAGAGUCAGUUGAUGAAGGCAAUGACAGCGAUGAAGAGAAUUAUACACAUCUGUCAGACAUGUUGGAUUCUGACGAUUUGAAAUCUAGUGAUGAAGAUGAAAUUGAUGAAAAUGAUAAAAAUGAAAGUAAAUUAGAUCAAGAGGACAAUGACGCUGAUGGUGUAGAUGAAGUAAAUCCAAAUGAACAAGGUAUAGGCUGUGUUAAAGUAAUUGAUGAUGUUGAAUUACCAGCAAAUGUUAUGUACAAAACUGGAAAGCCUCUGUAUGCACUCAUAUUAACCCCAACAAGAGAACUGGCCAUACAAAUCAGCAGACAUUUGAUAGCAGCAGCUAAAUAUACAGGUAUUAAAGUAGCGACAAUAGUGGGUGGCAUGGCAGCGGUGAAACAGGAGAGGGUGUUGCGGUCUGGGCCCGAGAUCGUUGUGGCGACUCCUGGCCGGCUGUGGGAACUGCUGAACCAGGGACAACCUCAUCUGCAACAGUUGUCAACUGUCAAAUUUUUAGCAAUAGAUGAAACAGAUAGAAUGCUCGAGCGCGGACAUUUUGAAGAACUGGAGCCUCUGCUAGAAAGGAUCAACUCUGAUGAGAGCCACCGCAGCGCGAGACAGAACUUCGUGUUUUCUGCUACGCUCACUUUAGUUCACGAUCUGCCCACUCAUAUGAAAGGGAAAAAGGUAACCAAGAGAGGCAAAAUCAUAAAUAGGAAAAUCAACAAAAUGACUCCUCAGCAAAAGAUCAAUAAACUCAUAAGUAUGAUCGGGAUGACAGAUCCAAAAGUUGUGGAUAUCACUGCAGAAAAUUUAGGCACAGCGGAAACGUUGACAGAGUCUCGGAUAACGUGCUCGUUUGAGCACAAAGACUCUUACCUGUACUACAUACUGAAGCGACAUCCCGGCAGGACUAUAGUGUUCUGUAACUCCAUCGGCAGUGUUAAAAGGUUGGCACAAUUGCUGGCACUGUUAAAAUGCCAACCGCUGCCACUGCACGCCAGCAUGCCGCAAAGACAAAGAUUAAAAAAUUUGGAACGGUUCCGGGACGACCCGCUCGGAGUGCUGGUGGCAACGGACGUGGCGGCGAGGGGCCUGGACAUACCCGAUGUGGACCACGUGAUCCACUACCAAGUACCGAAAACUGCUGAAAAUUACGUCCACCGUAGCGGACGGACAGCGCGCGCCUCCAAGGAAGGUCUGACGAUCCUCAUGAUAGAACCCUCCGAGGCCUAUUCAUAUGCCAAGAUAUGUCGGACCUUGAACAAGACGUCGGAGCUGCCGACGUUCCCGGUGCCGCUGCACGGGCUGGCGCCUGUGAAGGAGCUGGUGGCGGCGGCGCGCGCGCUGGACGCGCUGCUGCUGCGCCAGCGGCGCGCAGCGCAGGCGCUCGGCUGGCGGGAGCGCGUCGCGCGCGACAUGGACAUGAUCGUCGACGACGAUGAUGUCCCAGCAGCCAAAAUAGACCCGUCAUUAGACAAAGCGCUGAAGAUGAAGAGGAAACAGCUGGACUCCAUGAUAUCCCGGCCGCUGUUCCCGCAGGGAUUCUCCUUCAAGUAUCCCACCCUCAACGAUCACGUGGCGCUGGUCACACCUGAUGACAACGCAUUGCAGGUAAUGAAGAAGGCUAUAGAAACUGGCGAACUAAAGAAGGACAAGAGAAAAAGCAAGAACGACGCACUGCUGAAGUUGGAGAAAAAGUUUAAAAAGCUGUAAAUUGUGUAAAUAAAUGAAUUAAUUAUAAA